CACUGCCCGACUGAGGAAUUGAACCCCAGACCUUCCGAUUACCGGUCGGACGUACUGCCAUUACACUACCGGGCUGUCUUCUUCCGUCUUAGGAUCUCUCCAGGAUCCUAACAAGAUGUAGAAAAUCUGAGAAUGGCUUUUUACUGCUCUCUAAAAUUUCUAAACUAAAUAAAUAUUGAAAAAUCAACCUUUAAUAGCGUAUUCCGUUGCAUAACCUUAGGAGUGCUUAUUUUAUCUCAACGUGUCAUUCCUGAUUGAUUAUCUCCUAACUCUAAUGAGAAAACAGUGAAAAGAAAGUCCAGUCUUUUCUGUUGUAGGAUAAGACAAAAAGAAAAUCUUUGCGUCGUGAUGGUUCGUAUCGAGUAUUUCAAAUAACAAGAAAACAAAAAGAUGAUGAUGAAGAUAAUGAAGAGGAAGAAGAAUAUUCACUUAAGAAUAGCAAUGAGAAUGGUGAUACGAGUAUACAGAAAAAAAAGAAUUUUACUCGAGAAAAGUCUGUUAAAUCCAUUGAUCAGACUAAUCAAUGGAAAAGAAAAAAUUCUAAAAAUGUUAAAUCAGAUAAUAUACCAAAAAAAGUUGAUAAUGUCAAAGAAAAUGUAGUUGAGGAUAAAUUUACUUUAGAAAAAAAUAACAAUCAAACAUCAGCAGCAGUAAGUCACACGCAAAUAGAUUCAAUAUUGUCAAAAAUUCCAACAGAUACUGAUGAUAUUGUAGACUGGUCUACCAAUAAUACUAACAACGGUCAUACAGAAGAUGAGAUAUUAAGUGAUUUAUUAUCGAGAGCUGAUAAUUUAGAGAAAAAUGUGAAUAAGCACAAAGAUUUUGGUGCAAAAAUAUUACCAACGACUCGAACAAAACGAAAACGAAAAUGUUUUAUAUCUAUUUGUACUGUUGUAAUUGGUUUAAUCAUUAUUAUAGUAAUGAUUAUUGUUGUUGUUUUAGCAAUAACUCGAAAAAUAUCAUACCGAGAUCAAAACAUUUUACCAACAAACACAACCAUGUUUCAAAAUACAUGA